CACAUCUCUGCGAUAAAGACAACGCCUUUAUAUUCCACAACCACGAGUUAUUAUUGUGUCUCUAUACACAUAAUACGCUACAUUUUUUCUACCUCCGGAGGAGUUCUGUACUAAAUUGGACUUCUAUGUUGAAUUAAUAUUUUUCAUCAGCUGAUGCUUGAAACUUGUGCAAUUUAAUCCUGAAAAGGAAUGAGAGGGGAGAUAGAAAGCGAAAUAUUCAACUGAAAAUUUGAUACGAGCUAUUCCAUAAUUAUUAUAACGACCAGAAACAUACCUUGUAUCCGAGAUAGGCGAGUAGCAAUGCCUCGGCAAGAGAUACCAUCGCUAGAAUAACCUGAACGACCCACAGCUCUAAAGGUCGUCUCACCCACAGAAUUGCGUCCCAGUUGAUGGUGGAGUGGUCUUGAAACUCCUCUUCCGUGAGCAUCUGCGAUGCCAGGAUUUCCGACUUGUUUCCUGGUGUACAACCGUAACUGAAAAGUAGAAGAAGCAAUUGCAAGUGCGGAGUAGUGAACAAUGUCAAUCUCGUAAAGAUGAGAAGCUAUUAUUUAUAUGGUGCACAGGGCAAUUUAUUGAGUGUUUCUUCCUGAGAAUUUUUUCGUGAGUGCUUUCGGAGGGAAAUAUUAAAUUCCAAUUUCUGUCUCUUCAAGGAGAAACUUAGCUAAAGUAUUGAAAAACUUCGACUUGUUCUUUUACUUGACAACGGAGUUGUCCGACAUCUAGAAAAAAUGGACAGACUCAUGCUGACGAUUUUCGUCAUCGUGAUCACCGCAAGCCUUCUGCGAGCAGAAAGACCUGUGGAUCUGAAAGACUUUAUAGAAGGUGACAAAAAACUAUUCAUGGGUGGAACACUAGCAGAGAUAUUUCAAGCUACCAGUGAUAUGGCUGACCAGAUUAGAAUUCAUGUACAUCCAAUUGAGGGUACAAAUUACAUACUGUCUUCUUCGCCGACAAAGGAGAGAAUUUUCAGACACAUGGAAAAUCUGGAGCGAAGUAUGACGGGAAUCAACGAGUUACACGAAGAGUAUCAAUACUAUUUGUCACAUACCAAUGUGACAAAUCCUCACACAUUAAGAGAUUUUGCUGAAAAAACGGUUAGCAGAGACAACGACAUCAUAAAAAACUUGAAUGACAUUUCUUGCAUAAUACUUCUGAACAAGGGAGUCGAUCCAUUCGACUCUCUUUUAAUACUUCACCUGAUUGAAUUGAAGUUAACAUCUUCCUCGUCAUGUGAUUAUCCGAGAUCGCCCCACGACUUCAUCUACAGUUUGUAUAGAAGAAUAAUGCAAACGGAAAAGCUAGCUCUUCAUAUGUUCCGUUUUUCUUACAAAACACUUGAAGGGUUCCACAACAGUAGUUUUGCAUCCGAAGUAGACGCAAAGGAGAAGCGUUUCGCCAAGUUCACUCAAGCUUAUAAAGAUGUGUUCGAAGCUACACUUCGCCUAUCACCGAGAACUCUACGACGUUGUCUUCCUAUGGGACCUCAUAAACGAGGAAUAACAUUCCAUGAAUUCGAAAGGUUGUUGGGUACUGUGGUAGUUCACGAAACUGCUUUGAGGAAGAGUGGGAGUUGUUUUGGUGCAUGCAGCGACGGCGAUAGACAACUCUAUGAAAAGUAUGAUGCAUGUUUUAAGGGGGAUUAUGAGGAAUUAGGACGUAAAUUAGGACCACACUUUUGUUACGGUUCAGUACGGGAUUGUAUGUUCAAAAGAUCCCCAGUGAGCGUGUGCAUGGAGAAUGAGGGAGACACUAACUCGCGGCGUCGUUAUCACUGGUUCAUGGAUGGAUUAGAUAAGGUGUAUGGCAAGAAUAAUCAAGGCUGUCCAGGAAAAUUACGCACAUUCGAUGAAUGGUGGAGAUAUUUUACAUAUUGUGAAAUAUGUGUAUGUACUUGCAUAGAAGAUAGUUAUGAGGGAAACGUUUUGAAAUUUGUUAGCUUGAGAGAGGUGGUGUCAAACGUAACGGAUAACAUGAUUGUCACUGGUCUUCAAUUAGUAAACACAGGUUCGAUAAUUCAACUGAAAAUCCAAACGAGCCGACUUGCACCAGGCGGUACAGUUGCGCCGCGCAGCAGUUCUUGGCAGAAAUCUGAAGAUCUUUCUUACAGCCAGACGGAGUCGGUCAAACGAAGGAAAUACGUCUUCUUCGAAUCGUCCGUCAAUAUUUUGGAGCCUGAGAAAGAUAUUGCAAUUUUCACUGAGGCUAACAGAGCCAUUAACUUGGAUGCGUUACACGUACCGACGGAUUCCCUCAUAACUGGCGUCAGGUUUUCACGAAAAUCAGAAGAACGUGGUAAACCGAUUCAACUGGAAAUCCGAGCCACACGUUUUGACUAUAAUUCAGGAAAGUUACUCGAUAUUGAUGCCAGUCGGUGGAUUACAGCAGAUGAUAUGAAGUCUACGCUUGAUGCUUACAAAUCAGAGAGGAAACAAAUACAAAAUCAGAAAGAUACCGAGAAUCCGUUGGAAACUCCACCAACAAUACCCAUAUUUGAGCCUAAUAGGUGGGUACAGUUGGAAAAAACAAGUCUGGAAAAAGACGCAGGGCAGACUGUGGUACCUCUCCUGGAUGGAUUGAAAAUAUCAGCGCGUCCACCUGUACCCUUAACUGGUAUUGAUUUCUUUCUCAAAUCAGCGGAAGGAUACGGCGGAUUUAUCAGUUUUCGCAUCACUUCGCUCAACAGGACUGAGUACAUGGAUGUUGAUGACAUUUCUGUUUAAUACUAAUCGCAGAACGAAAACGUUGAAACGUGAUACAUAUUUUCGGUGGUCUUGCUUCAUUCUAAUGUAAUUCUGUUCAAAGUGUACUACUGAAUAAAAAGUAUCAAUCGUG